GCACUAGAAAUAUUAUGUUGAGAGUUCUAAUUCAAACUGGAACUAGUCUAAUGUUGAGUAUGUUAUGUGAGGAAGACAUAAUAAUAAAAUAUUUGUUCAAUUGAAAUUUGAGCAAAAAAGACGGGAACUUUUACAUUUGAAGUGUCCUAAAACAUAUAUGGCUGUGGCUUUGGUUUUAUAUAUAUAAGUAAUGAAUCGAGUCGGAUGUAUUUUCCUGUUUUUUUUGGGACUGAUAUUUGUGGCAAUGCUUCCACGCAUGCGAGUUGACUACAGUAUGUUCAAAAAUGCACCCUCAAAUGUGGCAAAUCACUACAACAUUAAGUCCAUGCAAACUGCUCAAGAUGGCAAUUUUACUUUAUCCAAAACACAAAUUUAUCCGAUACCGAAUUGCCAAAAUUUGCUUAUAAACAUGACUUCGGGUCAUUGGGUGAAGAAGGAAAAUUUGGAAGAAUAUGCCGAUAAAAGACUUCAAAUAAUGGAAGAAGAAAAAGAAAUUUGGUACCAUUUGAAUGAGUUCUGGAAGAAGAGAAGAGUUACUAUGAGCUUUUGGAGGUCCGAUGGCAAAUGCGGAUAUAGAGUAAACCAGAAACGACCUCCGAAUAGUACGUGGCUUCUGACAGGAUCUUGGUGUGAUAAAUACAGCAGUCGUCCAUGCUGCAGUAAUGUUAAUUCUGGAUUUUGUUCGGCACCUUCAGGGAAUAAUUGUAAUUGUUACAGGUGCUACGACACAAGAAAGAUAGCCCAUGCCGAACUUAGCAAAUGGAUUACGACGGAUGCCAGAUGUACAUGGCAUUAUUAUUCUACAGAACAGGCAUGCGACAUCAUCGAAUCAUCGAAAUACAGCAAUAUUAUUUUUGCUGGAGAUUCAUUGAACCGUAACAUGUUUAGUGCGUUAAUGUCGUUGCUAACCGGAGACAUAGUUUCCGGGUCUCUACCCAGAGGGAGACUUUCCGGAAGCUGGAGAAAAAUAUGUACUGGGCCUGAAAGAUAUUACUGGAAACAAUGCCGCGAGUCGCCUAUGUAUUUAGGAUGGGGGUUAGAGAAAUAUCACGAAGGCGUAAUUAAGACGUGCAUGCAGAAUAUAAACACCGUGUUUAAAGCCAAACGUGCGUGGAUAGGAAACUUGGGCAUAUUUAAAAAAGAAGUAGAAACUAUCCUGGGUCAGAAAGGUUCACUUUUAGUUUUUGGAUGCGCAUUACAUAUUAACUGUCAACCUGAGAAGUUUGUAGAAAACUACCUUACUCUAGUAUUAGACAUGAUUAAUCAGUACUAUCGUACAAAAACGAAUGACCGCAACGAAGAGAAAUGGCCAAAGUUAAUGGUUACCUCAGCUCCGAACUCUGGCCUGAUGAAGCCAAAAAUCUUUCAAGUCUCACAGGGGAGCGAUACAUGCAGCAACUUCAAUCGUGUUGUCCGAGACACUUGUAAUAAGAUUAAAAUUCCAUUUCUUGAUUUCUUUCCAUUUACAACGGGAGUUUUUAGUUUUGAUGGAACCCAUCAUGCUUAUGACGUCAACGCAUUAAAAGUUCAACUAUUUUUAAAUUAUAUAGCUAGUGAAAAGUGAACAAAACUUAAGCAUAGUUUUUAUUAUAUAUAUAUAUAUAUAUAUUGUGAUCAUUUGUACCAUUCUUCAAUGUUUCAUUCUGCUCUAUUUAUAUAUGUGUAGGGCAUCUCUCACAGUGUUACCUGACCUAGUUGUACACAAACUUGAGGAAGCAUGAAGUAUUGUUUGUGUCCAAAGCAGAAUUUGUAGCAGAGACAACAAACAAGAAGAGGAGUCGAAAUUGAAUUAGUUUUAUCAGUGAAACUGGUGUCUUGUGUGGUCGAAGAUAUGAUAUUGUUGUUAUUCUAACUAGUUAAUAACGCCUUAUCUCGGAAUUGAAAAUAAAUUUGAACUAUUUCUA